GAGAGAGAUAACAAUAACCCGUUUGAGUCGCCAUCAGAGGAGACGAUACUCGCACCAGCUCGCGUGUGGAUGGACAGAUGACAGAUGACAGAUGACAGAUAGAGAGACAGAGUGCGUGUGAGUAGGUGCGUCUUUACGCGCAUUACGCACUGGUCCUGGCGCAUCCAGGAGUUUGUCCGGAGCGCAGCAGUGAAGUUGACCUCUGAGUGUGAUUCCCUCCUCGGGGACCGGGUCUUCUCUGACUGGUCGGAGCUCCAUCCUGCUGGACUCCCCCGUGGUUCUGGAGCAGGUGUCUGACGGUUCACCAGUGGUUCUGUGAGCGGGUUUCAUCGUCUUCAUGUCGGGACAGAAACCGUCCCUGAGGAGCGGCGGCUCCCCCCAGAGCCGCUUCCAGGUGGACGUGGUGACAGAGGGCUCCUCCCCGGCCCCGGGCCCCAGUGACGGCUCCAAGCCGCCUGAGGAGUCCAGAAGCCGGUUCAAGGUGGUGGGCUUCAUGGAUCCGGGCGCACUGGGCAGCUCCAUGGACAUCGGGCUCCCUCCGGAUGUUUUCCACGAGCCGGACACGACGAAGAGCGACUCGGUCAGCCUCCACUCCACAGGCACGGGACACACGCACAUCUCCGACUCCCACUCCAACACCUACUACAUGAGGACCUUCGGACACAACACCAUCGACGCGGUGCCCAACAUCGAGUUCUACCGGCAAACUGCGGCUCCUUUCGGGGAGAAGCUGACCAGACCGUCGCUGUCGGAGCUGCACGACGAACUGGACAAAGAGCCUUUCGAGGACGGUCUGGCCAAUGGAGAGGAGCUGUCGGCCGCUGAGGAGGCGGCGGCAUUGGCGGCGAAGGAGGCGAAAGGAGGAAGUGUGAAGUUCGGUUGGGUGAAAGGAGUCUUGGUCCGCUGCAUGCUGAACAUCUGGGGGGUGAUGCUCUUCAUCAGAAUGUCCUGGAUUGUCGGUCAGGCUGGAAUUGGUCUGACCAUCGCGAUCAUCCUGAUGGCGAGUGUGGUCACGACCAUCACUGGCCUGUCGACCUCGGCCAUAGCAACCAACGGCUUCGUACGAGGAGGGGGGGCGUACUACCUGAUCUCCAGGAGUCUCGGGCCGGAGUUCGGAGGAUCCAUCGGUCUCAUCUUCGCCUUCGCCAACGCCGUGGCUGUGGCCAUGUACGUUGUUGGCUUCGCGGAGACAGUUGUCGAGAUGCUCAGCGACGUCGACGCUCUGAUGACGGACGAACUGAACGACAUUCGUAUCGUCGGGACUCUGACCGUCAUCCUGCUGCUGGGGAUCUCUGUGGCUGGGAUGGAGUGGGAGGCAAAGGCUCAGAUCGUCCUCCUGGUCAUUCUGCUGGGAGCCAUCGCCAACUACUUCAUAGGAAGCUUCAUAACGAUAGAAAACAAGGAGCCUAAAGGAUUCUUCGGCUACAGCGGGGCCAUCUUCCUGGAGAACCUGGGUCCAGACUUCAGAGAGGAGGAGACCUUCUUUUCUGUGUUCGCCAUCUUCUUCCCAGCAGCCACUGGGAUCCUGGCUGGAGCCAACAUCUCCGGAGACCUCAUAGACCCUCAGACAGCGAUCCCUAAAGGAACCUUGCUCGCCAUCCUGAUCACAGGAAUCACCUAUGUGGCUGUCGCCCUCUCUGCAGGAUCCUGCAUCGUGAGAGACGCAACCGGCGACCACAACGACACGGUGAGCGACACGGUGAACUGCACCGACGCCGCCUGCACGCUGGGCUACGACUUCUCCAUCUGCAAAGAGGGCGGCUGCCAGUUCGGCCUGAUGAACGACUUCCAGGUGAUGAGUCUGGUGUCGGGCUUCGGUCCUCUGAUCACCGCCGGGAUAUUUUCAGCCACUCUCUCCUCAGCUCUGGCCUCGUUGGUCAGCGCGCCCAAAGUCUUCCAGGCUCUGUGCAAAGACAAGAUCUAUCCAGGGCUGGCUGUUUUUGCAAAGGGUUAUGGGAAGAACAACGAGCCGCUCCGUGGUUACGUCCUGACCUUCUGCAUUGGCCUGGCGUUCAUCCUGAUUGCUGAGUUGAACAUCAUCGCUCCCAUAAUCUCCAACUUCUUCCUGGCGUCCUACGCUCUCAUCAACUUCUCCGUGUUCCACGCGUCUCUGGCCAACUCUCCAGGGUGGCGCCCCAGCUUCAAGUACUACAACAUGUGGGUGUCUCUUGCUGGGGCGAUCCUGUGCAUUGUGGUGAUGUUCGUCAUUAACUGGUGGGCGGCUCUGGUCACUCUGCUCAUCGUCCUCGCUCUCUACAUCUACGUCAGCUACAAGAAACCUGAUGUGAACUGGGGAUCGUCCACUCAGGCUCUGAUGUACAACCAGGCUCUGACUCACUGUCUGAACCUCACUGGAGUCGAGGACCACGUGAAGAACUUCAGGCCGCAGUGUUUGGUGCUGACUGGUUUUCCAAACUCUCGUCCUGCUCUGCUUCAGCUCGUUUAUUCUUACACCAAGAACGUCGGCCUCAUGGUCUGUGGCCACGUCAAGACUACGUCCCGUCGGCCGAACUUCAAGGAGCUGUCCCAGGACCACGCCCGCUCUCAGCGCUGGCUCAAUGAGAAACGCAUCAAGGCCUUUUACACGCCCGUCUUCUCCGACAACCUGAGGCACGGGACGCAGUUCCUCCUGCAGGCUGUGGGGUUAGGUCGUCUGAAGCCGAACACGCUGGUCAUGGGUUUCAAGAACAACUGGAGUGAAGGAGACAUGAGAGACGUGGAGAUUUACGUCAACACGAUACAUGACGCCUUCGACCUUCAGUUUGGAGUCGUGAUCCUCCGACUGCAGGAAGGACUGGACGUCUCCCACAUCCACGGACAAGACGAGCUGCUGCCUCACGAGAAGCCGCCAGUCGGCACUAACCAGGUGGUGUUUUCGGUGAAUCCGGCUAAAGACUCGGACUCGGACUCGUGUCCUUCAAAGACCACGAGCAGCCAGAGCAGUCCACUCAUCAUCAGAGAAACGAAGUCUCCUCUGAGUCUGACGGACCAACGUCUGCUGGAGUCCAGUCAACAGUUCAAGAAGAAGCAGGGCAAAGGAACCAUCGACGUGUGGUGGCUGUUUGACGAUGGAGGUCUGACGCUGCUGAUUCCCUACCUGCUGACCAACCGGAGCAAAUGGGGCGACUGCAGGAUCCGCGUCUUCAUCGGCGGGAAGGUCAACCGCAUCGACCGCGACCGCCGAGUGAUGGCCACGCUGCUCAGCAGGUUCAGGAUCGACUACUCUGACAUCAACGUCCUCGGAGACAUCAACACCAAACCCAAGAAACACAAUAAGCUGAGUUUCAAGGAGCUGAUCGAGCCGUACAGGCUGAAGGAGGACGACAUGGAGCAGGAAGCUGCCGAGCGGCUGAAGGCUCAGGAGCCGUGGAGGAUCACUGACAACGAGCUGGAGCUGUACAGGGCCAAGACCAAUCGUCAGAUCCGACUGAACGAGCUGGUGAAGGAGCACUCGAGUAACGCCAAGCUCGUCGUCAUGAGCAUGCCUCUGGCGAGGAAGGGCACCGUGUCCAGCGCCCUCUACAUGUGUUGGCUGGAAACUCUGUCCAGAGACGCCCCCCCCCUGCUGCUGGUUCGAGGAAACCACCAGAGCGUCCUGACCUUUUACUCCUAACACACACACACACACACACACACACACACACACACACACACACACACACACACACACACACACACACACACACACACACACACACACACACACACACACACACACACAUUCUCCUGCUGUAAAAGAGUUGUUUAGUCUAACUUCCUCAUCAACACAUUAAUCAACUCGAGAUGUUUCUCAGUAACGUCUGUAUAUUCUGUGGAUUCUGUGUUUUUAUGAACGUGUGUAACUGUGUUUAAAUAUCAAUUUAAUAUAUAAUAAUAUUUGUGAUGAUAAAAAUGAUGAAUUCAGAGUGUGUGGAUGUUUUAUUUUCGCUGUGUCUGAAGACAUGAGACUGUUUCUCUGUUAACAUUAUCCUGUGUAUUAUUUUAUUAAAAUAUUCACUAAGCAAUA